UGGAUGCCAUUUCUUUUGAACCAAUAUUUCAAAAUAAGUGGGUCAGAGUAAAUUUUUUGGAUAUAUGCAUUAAUAAUAUGACUUUGAUUUAUAAGAAAUAAAAAGCAUAACAUAUAAAUGAAGAGUCUGUAGUAAUUGUAUCAGUGUCUAAAGUGUAGACUUAGGUCAUGGUGUCUAAAAUAGGUGCAGUAUGUGUCAAAAGUUUAGGCCUAAGUUAGUGCUAGAACCCAGAAAAACUCAUCCUGUAACAUAUGUGUCAGAUUAAGGUUAAAUAACGCUGAUUAUCACACAAAGAAACCUGUCAGGGAAUGAACUGAACAUAAAGAAUAAGAAUACUUUUUAUUUUACUGUCAAGUCCAAGCCUAGAUAUAACAUUAAUUAGAUAAUAACAAGUAAUUCAAUAUGGUGGGCAAUCAUGCACAGAAACUGUGUACUCAUAAUACAAAUCUGAUUAGAUAUUACAUUAUCAAUAUAAUUGUACAUUUCUUGUUACAUACUUUUCUGGAUCUUUAGGGAAUCUAAAUAAAUAUUGUUCCCUUAAUUUUUGGCAUUCAUACAACUUACUGCCAAACACCAUAUGCUUCUCCUUGUGUUGUAUUGUGUCAACAUGUACAUUCGAAGUACUUGUGCAGCUGCAGCAUUUUUUAUGCACAGUUUACUUAUGUCUGCAUAGUCAAAAGUCUGAAUUUCUAGGCUUAGUUGAGUAUGUGGCAGUUUUACCAGUUUUGUAACUUUUGGCUUCAUUUGUUUCUUGUCAAAUGGUGCCUGCUGGCCAAACAGUGUAAUUAGUUUCAUUUUAAAAACUUAGUAAGCACAAGUGUGUGUUUAUUGUUGUUAUUUCAUAAAAAAUAUUAAGUUGCUGUUGCUGAUAGAUUUGUAUUAAUCAUGUCUAACAUCCUCUUAAAAACUGUUGUUUUUAUUUUUAAUAGGGGCUGCAUAUCAUCUGGUUUAGGAGCCUCAUCAUUUUUUAAAAUUCAUAGAUUUUUUUUAUAUUUUAUCUUGUUCAUCAAUAUUUUGUGUUUGUCUCUUCUCCCUUAAAAAGAAAUCAAGCCCCUGAAUGUACUUUUACUUUCUGAUAACUUGGAAGUUGUGUAAUAGCUAUGUUAUUGCAAAAUACUGGAUAUUGUGCAUUUCUGUAUUUUACAGUAAAAAGCUGUACCCCAGAGUAAUUAGUCCUGGAACUACUAACACUUAGGCUUCCUGUUAUAGUUUAUAAACUAAUGUUUAUUCUGAUAUUAAAUUAAUCGUAGUGAAUCAAUGUUAAGAACAAUAUAUUUUAAUAGUUUUAGAGAAUUUCAUGAAUUUGAAAGAAUAUAUAUAUUCACUGAAAUAUGUUCUUGUUUUAGGGAUAAUGUAAAUUGUAUACUUCUAGAAGUUCUACUAAGUUCUAUUCAAAAUUUUGAACACUGAUGCUCAUAAGAGGUUAAAAAUCUGAAAAUGACCACAUUAGUAGAAGAAAUUUCUUCAAGUGAAACACAGUCUUCAAAUACCAGUGAGACAAUUUGUGAUGGCUGGGAUAAGAACAAAGAUUUCUGUGUGAAACCAACUGAAUCUCUCAAUGUCAAAUGUGAAAUCUGUAGCAAAGUGUUUAUCUCAUCAAGUUUCCUCAUGUCCCACACAGAAAUCUAUCACAAAGAUAAAAGAAAAGAAGUGAGUAAAAAGGAAAAUGAUAAAGUUUUUCAUGCUUUAUCUAAUGAAGAAAAUUUGAUGAACACAAAAAGUUUUAGUGAUGAAGACAUUAGCAGGGAUGAGGAUGAGAAUCACAUGAUCUGUAGUAACAGCUAUAAUGAUAAAGAUAGUGCAAAUUGUGAAAUACCACUUGAGGAACUAAUAGGAGAUCAGUCUCAGAAUAAUAUUCAAAAAGAUGAAAAUCAGGAGGAGGAGGAUAAAGGAACAAAAGAUAUAGGUGAACAGCUUGUAUCUGGAUCUGAAAUAUACAAAUGUCAGUUUUGUGAAAAAUCGUUUACUUCAGAGGAUUCUUUAAUGACCCAUAAGAAACAACAUAAUUUUUCAAGUUCUGAGAAGUAUCAUUGUACUCAAUGUAAUUUUUCUGCUAAAAACAACUCUGAACUUUCAACUCACCUAGCCAUUCACCAAGAGGAUGAACGACCAUUCAAGUGCUUGGAAUGUGGGAAAGGGUUCAAAGCACAAUUCAACCUUCGUCAACAUCAGAAAUUUCAUGGUGAUAUUCAACUAGAAAAGUGCAGUCUUUGUGACAAAAUGUACAGAAAAGGCUCUGGUCUAGCUACCCACAUGAGAGCUCAUCUAAAAAGUAUUCCAAAUUCACAGUCAUGUGAAAAUGUUAAACUUCAUAGCCACGAAAUAGUUGUAAGAAAGAUCAAUAAUGCAGGAGGCAAACGUUUUCACUGCUCUGUGUGUGAUAGAGGUUUUUCUUGCACAAAUAACCUUAUGAAACAUUACAUAGCAAAACAUGAUCCCAACAAUCCAAACAUUCCUUCUACAUCUUUUGAAACGCAAAAACAAGAAGAAGAAACAGAAGAAACUUUAUGUAAAGAUUCCUACUCCUGUGAAAAGUGUGGCAAACUGUUUACAUCCAUGAAAAUGUUAGAAGGACAUAAAAAAAUACAUCGAAAUGAAACAGAAGACCGACGCUUUAAAUGCCCUCAUUGUAAAUAUUCUACAAAUAGGUCAUCAGAUAUGCGAAACCAUACUGUAGUUCACACAAAUGAACGACCACAUCAGUGUAACCUUUGUGGAAAACGAUUUACCGAACGGGGUAGGUUACGUAAACAUGUGCUUACUCACACAGGAGAAAAACCUUUUGGUUGUGAUGUUUGUGGUAAAAAAUUCUCACAGCGUUCACACUUAAACAUACACAUGAGAAUCCACAACAAAGAGAAACCAUACCGCUGCCCUUACUGUGAAAAAACAUUUGCUUAUCAUAAUGUUCUAACUCGUCACCAAAGGACCCAUACAGGAGAGAAGCCGUACAAAUGUACCCAUUGCAGCAAAAGCUUUAAAUGCAGCAGUGCUCUUCAAGACCAUGAAAUUGCUCAACACACUCAUGAAUAUCCUUUCAAAUGCACAGAAUGUGGAAAAGGCUUCAUACAGUUUGGAAACAUGCAGGUCCAUCUAAGGAAUACUCAUAAUAUAGCAAUUUACAAGCUUAAAGAGGUACAUAAUUAAUUAUCAAUAAUGUUUUUUUGUUACUUGACAUUUAAUACAAAUAGAAACAUGUCACUAUUGUUAAGUAUACAAAGGAAGACAGCUUAUUGAAAGGUAGAAGAUAUUCCUAAGUGACCAAGUUUGAUGAAGUG